AUGGCAGACAACAAAAAUUCUGAUUCCUCAAGUCCUGAGGACAACAUGCUACCACCUCUCCUUACUAUCUUUUCUGACCCUAAUCAAAAUUCAUCUAGUCCCUUUUAUAUCCACCCUAGUGAGAGUCCAUCCUCUGUUAUUGUUACUCCAUCUCUAUCAAGCAGCAAUUAUCUGUAUUGGUCACGAUUAGGGAUGACAAUGGGUAGGGAAUAUUACUACAAGAAGAGUCAUGUGCCAGCAUUUGGGAGCUGGGAUUGGAAUGAGAACCUUCCUUUCACACAGUGCUUCGAGACGGCGAGGCAAGCUGGUUUGCUACGAUGCAGUUGCUCUGAGUCUGAGGACCGUGACCUUUACGUUACAGGGGACUUGUAUGAGAAUGAUGUUGUCACACCCGCCAUGAUCGUUGUUCCUCGCAGAAAGGCAAAGGUGCGUGAGCAGCAUGAAAAAGAAACAAAAAUGAUGAAGAAUUGGGUGAGUGACGUGGAAAUCGAACCACCGAGCCCAAAUCCACUGCCAAGGCCAACUCCAAAACCUGUUGAUGAGGACUUGUACAAGAUCUCACCGGGGCUUCUUUAUGCUAAGGCUAAAAAGAAGAGAGGGUUGUGUUUCUUUUCUAGUUGCUUGUUACCAACUUGCAUUGCCUGA